CCAUCAAUACGAACGCCAAGGGCCUAAGGCUCUAAACUCUGAUUUUUACAAAGGCUAGCAGACGGUAUUAUUUCGUUCCGUUUGUAAAAAGUUCUUCACGUUGAACGUACAGACCGUAGAGUAACAGUUUUACUGGUUUUACUUUACCACUCGGCAAAACAAAAAGUUAAUUAUGUUACCCUUGUCAUUAUUGCGUACGGCGCAGAAUCACCCCAUGUUAGUGGAGUUGAAAAACGGGGAGACCUACAAUGGCCAUUUGGUGAGCUGUGAUAACUGGAUGAACAUUAAUCUACGAGAAGUAAUUUGCACCUCCAAGGAUGGUGACAGGUUCUGGAGAAUGCCAGAAUGUUACAUUAGAGGUAGCACAAUCAAGUAUCUUCGAAUUCCUGAUGAAGUUAUUGAUAUGGUAAAAGAAGAAGUAGUGGCAAAAGGCCGUGGUCGAAGUGAUGGCAAAGGAAGAGGUGGAGCCCAAAGAGGCAGAGGUGGUAAUAGAGGAUCUUUUGGAGCCUCUAGAGGUCGAGGUGCGCCUUCGGGACGAGGAGGUGGAGGCGGUACUAACAAACCCCGUGGAAAGUAAAUCCUUAUUGCCAGAUGAUUUUUUCCAAAUAUCGCAAAGUUUUCAUUUUCGCGCCACUUUUGGUCGUGACAGAAACAGUGAAGCACACAUAACUCAUACCUUGUUGUUCGCGUUUUUUCUGUCAAAUUUGUAUUUUGCUAACUCAAAUCCGAACAAUAAAUGUCGGAGAAAUACAUCGUUAAGUGAAAAAUAA